AUGAGAGUGGGUCCUGCAGCCUCUCCUCUCCUCACACUCCAACCCUGCUCAUCUCUCAGCUGGACAGCUGUCAGAGAGGAAGGCUGUUCUUCCCUGGUCUCAGCUCUGAGGUCAAACCGGUCACAACUGAGAGAACUGGACCUGAGCUAUAAUCACCCAGGAGACUCAGGAGUCAGACUGCUCUCUGCUGGACUGGAGGAUCCACACUGCAGACUGGAGAAACUCAAUGUGGAACAUGGUGGAGAGAACACAAUGAAACCUGGGCUUAGAAAAUAUGCCUGUGACUUCACGCUGGACCCAAACACAGUAAACAAACUCCUCUCUCUGUCCAAGGAGAACAGAAAGGUGACAUGGAGGACAGAGGAGCAGCCGUAUCCUGAUCACCCAGAGAGAUUUGAGGACUGGCAGCAGGUGUUGUGUAGAGAGGGUCUGACUGGGCGCUGUUACUGGGAGGUAAAGUGGAGUGGGAAAGAGGCUGUUAUAGGAAUGACGUAUAAAGGAAUCAGCAGAAGAGUAGGGGGUAAGGACUGUAUUAUUGGAUUAAAGUCCUGGAGUCUGGACUGCUCUGACAACAGUUACACGGCCUGGCACAAUUAUAAUCCCACUACCAUAGACGUCCCCCCCUCCAGCUCCCACAGAGUAGCAGUGUAUCUGGACUGGCCAGCCGGCACUCUGUCCUUCUACAGAGUCUCCUCUGACACACUGACCCACCUGUACACAUUCCACACCACAUUCACUGAGCCCCUCUAUCCAGGGUUUCAUGUUUGGUUUGAUGACUCCGCAGUUCCCCUGUGUCAGGUGGUCCCUGUGUCAAACACAACAUGAUGUUUCAAUCUAAUCCUGGUCAUGUUCAGUAAGACACACUGGAGCAACAAUUGAUAUGAACUCUCUAGUCAUGAGUUAACAGUUGAUUAUUAAAUCUAAAUAUGAAUGAUUGUAAACUGGGUGGUGUGAGCCCUGGAUGCUGAUUGGCUGACAGCCAUGGAGUAUCAGACUGUAUACAACGGGUGUGACAAAACACACAUUUUUACUGCUCUAAUUUAGUUGGCAAACUGUUUAUAAUAGCAAUUUGGCACCUAUGGGGUUUGUGAAAUAUGGCCAAUAUACCAUGGCUAAAGGCUGUAUCUAGGCACUCCCCAUUGCUUCAGAAGAAUUUAGACAUGGCACACCACCUCGGACCUCCUUGUUGCUUAAUGAAACACCACUGAAGUUGCCAGACAGAGUCAUUCAUAUAAUGAAAUACCACUGAAGUUGCCAGACAGAGUCAUUCAUAUAAUGAAACACCACACUGUGUUGUAAAAUCUGUUUUCAUUUAGAAAUCAUUGAUCUUAUUGUUAUUGGGCUUCUUGGUGUUUGUAAAUAUUGUUGUCUGUAGACUGUAAAUUUGUCAAAUUCUUGACACAACAAUCUUGUUUCUGUAUAAACUAAAUUCCACUGAAUGAAAUGUACAUGUGACUAAUUAAGUUAAUCAACCAGAUGAAAUGUUUUAAUACUGAUCAGAAUAUGACAGGACAGUAAUAGAUGGAAGAAGAGAGGUGUAAAUGUUUUAAUACUGAUCACAAUAUGACAUUACAGUAAUAGAUGGAAGAAGAGAGGUGGAAAUGUUUUAAUACUGAUCACAAUAUGACAGUACAGUAAUAGAUGGAAGAAGAGAGGUGUAAAUGUUUUAAUACUGAUCACAAUAUGACAGUACAGUAAUAGAUGGAAGAAGAGAGGUGGAAAUGUUUUAAUACUGAUCAGAAUAUGACAGGACAGUAAUAGAUGGAAGAAGAGAGGUGGAAAUGUUUUAAUACUGAUCACAAUAUGACAGUACAGUAAUAGAUGGAAGAAGAGAGGUGGAAAUGUUUUAAUACUGAUCACAAUAUGACAGUACAGUAAUAGAUGGAAGAAGAGAGGUGGAAAUGUUUUAAUAUUGAUCACAAUAUGACAGUAAAUGGAGUACAGUAAUAGGGGUUGUGUUCAGUACAUAGAAAUGGGUCUUAUUCAGUUGAAAAAUAAGCUUUUAUGAUCACACACACACAGACCAUAACCAUGUAAAAUGUCAACUUCAAUGGGGUCGUAGCUGUAUCUUAGUAGUGUGUUUUCAGUGAAUCUCCUUUCUCUAUCAUCUCUGGUACAACACCCUCUGUGGGGUCAGAAACAUUCAGGGGAAAUGGAAAAAGAUCCUGUGAUGUGAUUUCCUCUUUUGGACAUUAACAAAGCAACACUCCAUCUUAACUACUCCACAUUUACUGGAUUGGUUCAACAGGACCGAAGAGAACCUCCCCACCAGUUCAUUUUGUCACAUAAAGACCAGCAAGACAGAAACGCCGCUCUGGCAAUUAUUUUAUGCCUGCUAGGUUACUAGUUGUCUACAAUGACGACUCCUGCGUAAGCUCACACCCUUGUUACGUUGCACGCAAGCAGCUUCAGGAAGUGAUACUGUGCAUUCAGUAAUCACAUUAUAAUAUCCACUAUUCUGUCAUCAUACACCGAGCAAACUAUAAAUGCAAGAUGUAAAUUGUUGAUCCCAUGUUUUAUGAGCUGAAAUAAAAAAUCCCAGAAAUGA